AUGCCUUUGUUCAACCGGAAAACCGUGCACAAAAUCAAGGACGACCCGGCAGCGGUGCAGAACAAGCACAACGAACACGACGAUCAAGUGAAACAAAACUUGGUGUUCCACUGCCAACAGGCCCAAGGAAGUCCGACGGGACUGGUGUCGAACUUCUCCAACGUCCGCGAACUGUACCAGAGGGUGGCCGACUGCUAUGACUUCCCUUCGGACGAAGUAAGCCCGAUACAGCCCUACCUCCCCUAG